AUGACCAGAAUAACAUAUGGCCUUUUGCUCAUGCUCAACUCGAUCAUUUCGUGGAUUGCCCUUUCGCCGUUCAUUGUGCACAGGCUCGAAAAGGCCACGUUUGGCUUUAUCAAUAACCGCUGUGGUCCCGACGGGAAACAGUGCAUCAGUUUCAGUUCAGUCUACAGAAUCAACUUGGCUCUAGGCCUGUUGCACCUUAUAUUGGCGGCACUUUUGGUGAACGUGCGGUCCACCCUGAACCCGCGGGCGGUGAUCCAGAACGGGUGCUGGAAAAUCAAGAUUUUUGCGUGGAUUCUGUUUAUCUUCAUCAAUUUUGUGCUCAUCCCCGACUCGUUCUUUGUCUUUUACGGCAACCACAUUGCCAUCAUCUUCUCCACGAUCUUUUUGGGCAUUGGCUUGGUGUUGCUUGUGGAUUUCGCCCACGCCUGGGCUGAGAAGUGUUUAGAGAAAAUUGAGCUUGAAGAGCUUACAGGUGAGGACGAGUACAAUGCUGGUUUGUGGAAGAAGCUCCUUAUCGGUGGCACCUUGAGCAUGUACGUGGCCAGCUUGGUGUUGACCAUCGUCAUGUACGUGUUUUUCGCCAUGAAGGGCUGCAGCAUGAACCAGGCUGCUAUCACCAUCAACCUUAUUCUUUCGUUGAUCAUUUCGGGCAUGUCGGUGAACCAGAGCAUCCAGGAGCUGAACCCCAACGCCGGCUUGGCCCAGGCGUCCAUGGUGGUGUUCUACUGCACCUACUUGGUGCUCAGUGCCGUGGUGUCCGAGCCAGACGACAAGAUGUGCAAUCCGCUCGUGCGUUCUAAGGGUACCAGAACCUUGAGCGUUGUUCUUGGUGCCUUGUUCACCUUUGUGGCAUUGGCAUACACCACGACCAGAGCAGCCAACGCUUCGUUUUUCGACACUGAAGGCGGUGUUUCUGAAAGCCAUGUCUCGUCACAGCCCUCCGAGAGGAACCAGAUGAGAUACGAGGCGAUCCAGCAGGCUCAGGUCGACUUGUAUGACGAAGACAGCGGUGUGCACGGUCCUGGCGACGAAAAGAACCUGGUCAAAUACAACUACACUUUGUUCCACAUCAUCUUCUUCUUGGCCACGCAGUACGUGGCUACUUUGCUUACGGUGAACGUCAAGCAAGACGAUGUGGGCGACUUUAUUCCUGUGGGCAGAACGUACUUUGCCAGCUGGAUCAAGAUCAUCAGUUCGUGGGUGUGCUACGUGCUCUAUGGCUGGAGUCUCAUGGCGCCCAUGGUGUGGCCAGACCGGUUUAAUGUUGUUCUGCUAUAA